AUGUUGGUGUUCCAUUUACCUAAUUCGAAUGCUGUUUACGAGUUCCGGGUGGAGACUGGGACUUGGGUGCAGUCGAGUUUGGCGUUUGCGAAUAUGAAGUGGCAAGGUGUAGGGGCUGUCACGGAUCCGAGGACGGGGCUUGUGUACCUGGCGACGGGGUACACGGAUCCUGGUAGACUGACCAUGGAUAUCCUUAACCCUGCUACGCAGAAUAUCACACACUCGAAACUCCCGGAUCCGUUUGGUCCUGCGGGAACAGUUCGGUUUGAGGCGAGGUGGUUUUAUGGUGGCGUUUGGUGUGCGUCGAGGAAGAGUAUCUUGUAUUGGGGAGGGUACCAGCCGACGGGCCAGAUGCCCACGGAGAAUGUUGUUACCGAGUUGACCGUUGAUACCAUGAUCUGGUCGAACUUGCUUUCUCUUGCAAACAAUUUAGGCGAGGACGGAUCAAGGAUGGUGGUCUUCGGAGGACGAGUCAACAAUGUACCCAACAACGAGGUCUUUGUACUCAACACCGCAACAGGAGCAUGGACACAGGGACCAUCAGCAGAUGCGAGGAUGUACCCGGCUUGUACCAUUGUAGGAGACCUCCUUCUUAUCUGGGGUGGUACCAACUCUGCAAAUUCAGUUGCAAAUGGAGACAUGUUGAUCUACAACUAUGUCAACUCGACAUGGCUCAUUUCUUAUACGCCUCCAACGUCCUACAGCGGUCUUGUGCCACCCAAGAUCCCUACCACUGCAGGUCCCUGGACUACCCCUUCAUCAACAUCGGCUCCCUCAUCAACCUCAUCGUCAGCAUCAAAACCCGACUUUCCGUCAGGAUCACUUUAUGGUACAAACACGCCAUCUAAUAACAAGGAAUCGUCGACUGACCUGGGAGCUAUUGUCGGUGGAGUGGUCGGUUCACUGGCGGUGAUCAGUGCAGCAGUCGGGCUCUUGGUGUACCGACGGAAGCAACAGCAACGACUAACACAAAAAGGAGUACCACUACUCUCUCUCAAGACAACCCACAGCGACAACCACAGCGCGCACGAUAACAACAACCACAACAACGACGAUGAUGACGAGGAACAAGACAACGCCAAAAUGUACGCUGCAGGAUUCGGACCCGUCCAAACGAUCUCACUCAUGCACAAGCAUAAUCUCGCUGCGGGUGGUGGUGAAUCUGAUUUCAACUCAGUCAUCGACACUCCCAAGAAAGGACCACAGGCGAUUGUGCAGACGGGAAACAGUGCCAUAGACAUGAGAAUGCGAGAUCUACAGAUUCAGCAACAGCAACUGGAUCUAAAGUGGCAGCUCCUCGUGCUUCAACAACAGGAACAACAGUUUUGGUCGCCUCUUCAGCAACAACAGUACCAACAGCAACAACAGCAACUACAACUCCAACAACAGCUGCAAAUGCAACAACACCAACAAUUACAACAACAGGCACUCCAGUAUCAACAGCAGCAACGAUCAAGCCAGCAGCAAAUCCCUCAACUCGGAGGACAAGGGCAUAGGGGAUCUGUCGUCAGUGUGAGCACCAUAUCAACAAACACCAACACCCUCACUUCCGCCUACUCCCGUCCAACCCAAGCAACAAGCAAUAGUAACACAGGAUCAAUCGGUCCAUACGCACGGCAAGAAUAUGAUGACAUAUCCUCAAAUUAUGCUCGGACAGCCCCCACGGUGCAUACAUUUCCGGAUGCAGGAAUUUUGCAUAGGGCGUAUAGUACGCUCGAUCUUGAGCCCAAGCAGAUACCAAACAAUCCUCACACGGAUGUUCCACACUAA